UCGAAAGCUCUAGAGAAAGCGGAGUGUAAACAUAUCAUAUCCAAUCUGCUCUUUAAGAUAGAAAUUGUAUUCACAUUCUACUGCGUCUGACGCCUCAGUGUCGCUAUUCACAACACAGCCUUCACGGAAAUCGGUUUCCGAGAAUUUCUAAGGCAUCAGACUUGAGGAUGUGAAGAGGAGGGCUUUGGGGAAUUCGGUUUCUCUCUCUACACACACACACACAGAGCUCGGGACCCAGCAGCAUGGAACAGUACAGACGGCUUUUGUAUUGUGCUCGAUUCUUCGCUGCAGCCGCGUUGAUCUUCUACUUCGUAACUUCGUGCACCAACUACUGGCUUCACGCUAUAACCUGUCGGACCGUGAACGACACGCUGGAAGAUGAAAGCCCACCGGAAUUUGGUAUGUUGCGAGGUUCACCUAAGCCUCCGACCGAAUCUGUUGACAACACAACUGACCUGAGAUCUGGCACAGUGUCAACCAUUUCCACGGAAACUUUCAAUGGCAGCCCCAAAUCAAGUGGAAAGGAAGCAGUGUUGCCUAGAAAUGUACCUACACCACGUCGGAAAUGUAAGAGACGUAAGGGUUUCUUUUGGAAUUGCUUUGGUGGUCUCACUCCUCUUGCGUUGGUACUGCACACCCCAUCCUUGGUGACGUGGAUCAUGUGCAUGGGACCACCUUUCAGCAUCAUUGGCUCUGUAGGUGCAGACUCAGCUGGAUUGAAUGAUCUGUGGAAAAUGGGACUGAGGCAGGACAUACGGAAGGAGGAUUACAGGUUAAAUUACCAUCAUGAGGGUUUCUUCUGGAGAUGUUCAUUUAGCGACAAAGAGGAAAAGUAUCAACUUAAAAAAUUCAUUUACAUUUACCAACCACCUUUAAAAUGCUGCAUGCACGCCUUUCAUUCCCCAUUUCCUAACGUUGAAGGGAGAACCACGAAAGAAUUUGAAUCCUCAAUCUCGUACCGUAAAUUGUGGAGUGCACUGAUGUUCUUGGGAGUAACAUUUGUAACAAUUGGAUUCCUCUGCAUCAUCUACUCUGCAUGCUGUGAGAACUACAACAUGUAUAAAACAACUGGAGUAAUAUUCUUGAUUGCUGGUGUGUCUUUCACCGUGUCAAUUAUCAUGUACGCCGUUUGGAUUUCAGCGGUAUCUCAGAUGAUUGCGGGAGACAUUGCUAAUUGCACUUCCAUUAUAACCAACUUGAAUUUUGGUGUAAAUUAUGGCUGGUCUUUUAUGGCAGCUCCUUUUGCAGUAUUGUUCUCUUUAAUUUCUGGCUUACUUUUCAUUAAAAUCGCAGGUAUGAAUUGCAAGAGAAGUAAUAACAUCUUUUAAGCAUUUUUGUAAACAACUAUCUAAAAAGAAUUUAAAAAUCAUAAUUGUAUGCAUUAAAAUAUAGCAAUGUUGAGACAUUAUAAUUUGGAGACCCCUUAUAUUAAUCAAUUUAUAAUCUGAGGUAAUUUUAAACUGCAUCUCUACAUUAUGAAUUUUCUAAUCUGCCCAUAACCUUUCAUCUUUUAUGAAAGGUUUGCAUUCUGAGAAACUGCUGUUUUUUCAGAAAUAUAAAAGAUUGGGCAAUAUGUAAAUACUACUUAGAUGCUGCACUUUCCUACAUGCAAAGAGUGGCACACUAUUUCUUACAGUGACAAUUCGAUUUAUAAAUUGAUAAGGGACUCUUUGUAACAAAUUUCCAAAGCAUGUUACUUUUAAAUAAUCAAAACCACAAGGUAAUUUCAAACUAAUUUUCUGUUACAAUCAUCAGUUAGUUUAAGACUGAGCUGUUACUAGUCUCAGGUGACAAACCCUCUUUGGUUUCCUAUGAUGUGCAUUGCUGUUGAUUGAAGAUCUGCUCCUUUGACUUCAAGCAUUUUUGGCUACUACUUAUACCACUGAACAAAAUGCCGAUGCAAAGAAGCAGGCAGGUUCAAGGCUUUAUCUUUGAUACUUUAAUGUAUUUCACACGUUUUGUUAUACUUCAGAUUCCACAAUUACACUUAAGGUAUUUUAUUUGCUUUAUCAAUGUUGAAAUCUAUCUGGCCACUCUUUAACUAAUCCAAUCAUGUUAUACAUUUGGUCAGCAAAUAUGUUCACUCUGUAGCAUGAUAUAGUUCCAUUCCACUGACCCAUAGUUCAUCUUUCACAUUGUCAUUAUGGUCACUGUUCUGUGAUUAGCCAAUAUAUUGAGCUUUUCGUAGAAAUCACAGGUUCAACAAUUAAUACAAACAUGAUCAUGAAUCAAACUUUCAUAAAUUUAAGAUUUAGCUUUAAUUGUAUUUGUAAUUAUAAACAUCUAACAUAGUAAUUCUGCAGAUGAUUCAAAGAUUUCUGGUGGUGUCGACAGAAGUUUGGAAAGGAAUACAGAGGGAUAUGGAUCAGUUGCAAAUAUGGGCAGAGAAAUGGCAGAUGGAGUUUAGCCCAGCCGAAUGUGAAGUGUUGCUCCUUGGUAGGUGAAAUAUAACCAGGCAGUACACUGUUAAGAACAAGACCCUUAGCAGUGUUGAUGAACAGAGGGAUCUUUGGGUUCAAGUUCAUAGCUCCCUGGAAAUGGCUGCACAGCUUGAUAGGGAGGUUAAGAAGUCAUAUGGCAUGCUUGCCUUUAUUAGUCACAGCACUGACUUCAAAAGUCAGGAAGUUACCCUGAGGUGUUACAAAAUUUUAGUUAGGCAGCAUCUGGAGAAUUGCAUAUAGUUCUAGUCACACUAUUAUAGGAAAGAUGUCAAGGCUUUGGAGAGAAUGCAGAAGAGGUAUAUCAUGAUCUUGCUUGGAUUAAAGGGCAAGUGCUAUAACAAGAGGGCUGUUUUCUCUGGAGGGCCAGAGACUGGGGGAAGACUUAAUAAAGUUUUAUAAGAUUAUGAGAGGCACAGGUAGUGGCAUAGUGGCAUCAGCACUGGACUUUGGGGUGGGAGUUCCAGAGUUUUUAUCUGGCUGGCUUCCUGGCUCUCCAUCUGUGCCUGGGUUGAGUGUCGAGCUAGCAACUCAACCUCAUAAAAAACAACCUAGAGAGGGGUGGGCUCCACCAGGUUUCAGAUGCCCAAGACAUGCUGUACAAUGAGCAAUCACCAAAAAGAUCGGUGCAAAAAGCUUGUCAUGACGGCACCCCGACGACUCCACCAGGAGUUAAGGGCGUACACACACACACACACACACACACACACACACUAGACAGACAAUGUCUUUUCCCAACGUUUGAAAUGUCGAAUUUCAGAGGGCAUGUAUUUAAGGUGAGAGGGGAUCAUUUCAAAAGAGCUGUGAGGGGCAAGUUUAUUCCACUGUGGGUGUCUGGAAUAUCCUGUCUGGGUGGUGGUAGAGGCUGAUACAUUAGAGACUUUUAAGAGAGAUGUAGAUUGGCACGUGAACGUGAGGAAAAUUGAAGGAUAUGGACAUUGUGUAGUCAGAAGAGAUACAUUUAGUUAGCCAUUUGAUUACUCAUUUAAAUGGUUCAGCACUACAUUGUGGGCUGAAAGGCCUGUUCCUAUGCUGUACUGUGUUCUAUGUUAAAUCAUUGCUUCAGAAAAAUACAUCCUAUGAAAUCCUGAA